AGCAGCCACAGGCAGGGGUGGACUGACAACUCAUGGGCCCCUGGGCAAUAGGGGAUCAUGGGGCCCCUGUGUCCUUGCCCAAACUCAAAAAAGCCUAUGAAAAAGGUACCAGGGGCAUCUCAAUGGGCCCCCUACUGACCCCGGCCCUCGGGCAGUGCCCGAGUUUCCAAAUGGUCAGUCCGCCCCUGCUCCUAGAGGAAUGCAAAGAGAAGGAGUAUCAGGAGGCGAGGUCAAUAUCACUGCCUGCAGGCAAUAUCACUGCCUGCAGGUACCCUGGGAUAUGUAAUCCUUAGAAAUUGAAAAUAA